UGGAUCUUAUAUCUACUCAGUAUUAUAUUCGCCUGCACGUUUACUUAACAUUAUUUUUGCGAGUCCUUGUGAUCGUAUUUGACAUUACACGUUAAUUUGAAAAAAAAAAUUGUUGUAUGUGUUACAUGAAAUGCAUUUAAGUGCCUUAGAUUUAUUUUUUAAUUGUAACAUAAAUCAGUAAAUGUUUAGUGCGAGCUAGAUAUGUUUUUAAAAAUGGCAAAAUCAAAACUGGAAUGCCUUAUUAUUUUUAUAAGUUUUUUUGUGUUUUUUACUUUGAGCUUGGUAUCAUCUUAUACUGUUAAAUAUAACAGUUGCUCAAGAUCUUCUUGUCAUAAUAAUGGAAAAUUUAAAUAUUUACCCAAUGUUCAAUAUACAUAUAAAAACGCAAUCAGGAUCCAAACGACGUUUGAUAAAUCGAAAAAUACAGCAUCCAUCGCAGAAUUUAAUUUUAAAGUGCAUUUACAUAUUACUCAGUGUGAUGGAAUCUUAAGUAUUAGUGAAACUAAAAUUCAUAAGGGAGUAAAACAUAGAAACUCUUAUACUGCCGAAGUAGAGGAAGAAGAUAUUUUAAAUUUAGACGACGAUCUUAGAUAUAAAGACCUCGAAGAACAUAUGUUACGAUUUUCAUUCCACGAUGGUCAUAUCAGUACUGUUUGUCCAGAUGAUGGUGAAUCAGAAUGGGCAUUAAAUAUAAAAAAGGGUAUAUUAUCAGCUUUCCAGAAUCGUAUGGAACGAUUUGAUAUUCAUCACAAUGUAGCAGAGAGAGACGUUAAUGGCUUUUGUCCAACAACAUAUUCUUUUCUGAAAUCAAAUGGUACUCAAAUGAUUGUAGAUAAAGUAAAAGACAUUUCGGAAUGUACAGAAAGAUACCAAAUGCAUUCAAUAAUUCCUACCUCAUCAUAUGUGUUUCAAAGCAAAUACCAUAAAUGGUCACCAGUGAAAUCUCUUAUUGUUUGCUAUCAUUACAUUGAUCAUCAUAUAAUUGUUAAGAUAGAUUGUCAGGAAAAACAUUCUUUUCAGCCAUUGGCUAGUAAUGAGACUAAUAGUGCAAGAACAAAAAUAUUCCAAACAAUGGAGUUGAUUAAUGAAAAAUAUGUGUACUCGUCUGAUGAAUCAUAUGAUAUAACAUCAAGACAACCAUUGCUAUUUAACCAUGUUUUAAUUAUUAAUCCAGACUCUACAAAUACCGAAGAAACGAUGAGAGUUCUUAAGGUUUUAUGCCGUAUGAGUGAAGGACAAUUUAACCCCGAUUUUCCUAGUGAAUUUUAUCAAGUUAUUCAAGCUGCUAGAAAAUUAACUUAUGGUGGUUUGAAAAAUGUAUACGAUAGUACACGCAAUGGGUUAUGUCCAUCAGCUAUGAAACACUUUCAAAGUGCUUUGGCAUAUAUUCGUACACCUCCAGCUGUAAUUUUGAUGAAAGAUAUAUUACGGGAAGGUUCUAUUGGAGAAAGUAUAUCAAAAGAGUGGUUAAUAGCAAUUGCCAUGUUUGACAGGCCUGAUAUUCAAGUGGUUCAUGAAAUAUCUCAAUUAAUUUACGAAAAAAAUGUAUCACCUAACACGUUGCUCAGUAUCACAUCUCUUAUUCACACUUACUGUAGAAAAAACUCCGAUUGCACAGAAGAUAUAAAACUUUUAAGUAACGUGGCUUUUAUCGAAGAAAAAAUCAAGCAGAAUGUAUUUAUUCAUAAUAAUCGACAAGAAGCAUUAGUUUGGAUGAAAAGUUUAGGAAAUAUGGGAUUAAUGUCUGUAAAUACGAUUAAUACACUCAAUUCUGUAAUCAUGAAUGAUGAUGUAGCAUCAGAAAUUCGAGUUUCUGGUGUUAAAGCGUUUAGACGAUUUCCAUGUAAUACCACAAGGCCCACAAUGUUAAAUAAUUAUCUUAACCAAUCUUUAGACUCAGAAGUACGCAUUGCCGCUUAUUUACAAGUUAUGCGGUGUCCUAUUUACAGUGUAGUAAGACAUAUUGUAGCAGCAUUGGACACAGAAGAAGUUAACCAAGUUGGUUCAUUUGUUUACACUCAUUUAAAGAAUUUAAAAAAAUCAUCUAUUCCCUACAAUUUAGAAAUACAAACAAUGCUAUCUGGCGAUAUUUCGAAAAAGUUUAAAACAGAUAUACGGAAGUUUUCAAGGAAUUAUGAAUUAUCCUUUUUACUAAGUGAAUAUGGAGUUGGUGUGUCAAUUGACAGCAAUGUUAUAUUUUCACCAAAAUCAUAUAUUCCUCGAUCAAUUACAUCAAACCUGACACUAAGUUUAUUUGGUGAAUACAUUAAUGUGAUAGAUGUAGAAGUUUAUGGUGAGGGCUUAGAAUUUUAUUUGGAAGCAUUAUUCAAACCAGGUGGAGUAUUUAGUGCAGAACAAGUCAAGAAAGGAUUAGAUAUGUUGCGUGUUGUACGGAGUAUUUUACCGGAGACUCUAAGAGAUAGAAUAAAUGCUCUGCCUAAUAUUUUAUCUGAAAAUAUACCACCACCAAAGAUUUCUAUGGCAUUUAAAUUGUUUGGUAAUGAAAUCAAGUUCUUGCGAUUAAAUGGAGUCGAUGAAAUUAAUGAAGCUAUCAAAUCAUUUGACAUUUAUAACAUUAUGAAAAAUUUUAUGAAUGGAAAAGAAUUUAAAUAUGAUCGCUCAGCAAUGUUCAUGGACCUAAAGUAUGUUGUACCUACUGGCAUCGGAAUGCCGCUUGCUUUAGAUGUUGUUGGUACUUCAGUUAUUAACUUUAAUAUGUCAAGUUAUAUUAAUUCUGACGCAUUUAAACAGCUUGGUGAAUUUAAAUUACAAGGAAAAUUGCACCCUAGUUUGGCUUUGAAUUUAGAAGGAUCGAUGACUAUGGAUCUCCACUAUGAAACGACUCAAGCUAAAGUUAAAUCUAAAUUGUUUUCUUCGACGGCUUUAGAAGGAACAACUGAAAUAAAAGGUUAUAAAUUUGUCUCUUUAGUAUUCAAUUUACCAAAAACGAGAUCAGAUAUCAUCAGCAUAGAAUCGGAGUUAUACUUGGAAAAUCAUAAAUUAGAAAUUGAUCUGCCAACUUUUCAAAAAAAUGCUGUAAAUGUAACUGCAUUACCUUACAGUCUACCUAUUUUAGAGGAAAUGAUGGGACUUAAACUUUAUACUAAUUAUCGAAUUCCUAAUAUUACUGAAAUUAUCAAGUCACCUAUGAUUAUAUUUAAUGGUCCUCUAAGAUUGAGUGUUUUUCUACAAAAAUCUGAUACGAAAGUUAAUAAAUACAUUUUAGAAUACAAAUGGUUAACUAGUAAAAAAAAUUCAACUAUUAGCGUCGAAUAUCAGACACCUGGAUCGGAAAUAAAACAUUAUAUGAAAGCACUCAUAGAAAUGGAUUCACAAACUCAAAAUUUCACUCUAUUAGUCGAGGGCAGAACUAUUAAUUUACAAUCAUUAGGUCAAUAUAAAAAUUCCCCGAUGCAUAAAUUAAUUACAUUCUCAUUAGACAUAAAUAAUUUUAAACAUAUUGAUUUCCUAACGGAACUCAUAAUUCAAAACGAAAAAUAUGGUCGUCGUUACUUACCUAAAGCUUAUUUAGAUAUAAAUGGUAAAAGAAUCGCCGAAAUUGAGGGUCAAUAUGAAUGGGUUGAAAAAAAAGGAAUAUCUCAAUGUGAUAUUAAUUUAACAUUUAAAACAGCCAGAUUAGAUUCUACAAUAGUAGGUUAUAUCAAGAUUAGCGAUGCGUCUACUGCACUUAAUUUACUUUUUGAAUAUACAUUUGAUCAAUCAAUAAAUCCCGAAACAGUUAAAUUGGAAGUUAAAAUUAGUGAGCGAUCGACAAAAGCAUUAUCAUCAAUUCAAGGAAAUAUGCAACUAGAAUCUUCAGCAUAUCCUCACAUCAAUCAUAUUAUUUCAACUACAUACCAAAAAGCUCAAGGACAUACGGAGUUUCGCGUUGACUUCGUUAACUAUCCGUACCUCGAAGACAACAACAAAAAAUUACACGUUGAAUUUGGAGUUGCCCAAAUUAAGUACUACUCUGGUAGUAAAAUUAACUUGAACUUGUUCAUUACAAAACCGUCAGAAAAGAUUAUGUUUAAAUUUAUAACAAAUUAUGCGAGCACACAAACUACGUCUAAUACAGCUGUAUUAAUUCAAUACGCUCCUGAUAAAAAUGUUACAAUAAAAUUAGACGUUCUUACGCCUCAGAGUUUGUUACUUAAUGUUGAUGGUCGACUACGAAUAACUACACCGUCAGCAAAGCAGCCGUUAGAUGUUCACGUUGUUGUUAAAGAAAAAGUUGCUAACGAAUAUGAUAUUGAUUUUGAAGGUACUUGGUUUAGUGGACAGAAUUUAAACGCCCGAGGGCUUUAUCAGGAUCAUUCAUUUUAUUAUUUGACAAGUCAUACACUUAAACUUUUGAUACAGUCUCAUAUGUUUAAUGACAUAGUAUUUAUGGGUAAACUUUACGUAUCUGACGAAGAGUACAGAAUUGAAUCAUGGGUGGAUCAUAAUAAUACAAAACAUGCAAUUUUAUUGAGACACAUUGCGCAUUCAGACACGCUAUAUGAAUCCUUAGGAGAAUUAAAACUGAAUACUAGUAUUUAUUCAUUAAGUAAUAUAAUAGAUUUGGCACAACAUGAAUUAACACUUGACAUACAUCUAGACCAAUAUAGAGAUGUAUCAAUCUAUGGAAAAGGGUUUGCAAAAGAAUGGAAUUCUCAUGUAGUCUUUGAUAUAAAAUGGGAUGCCAAUAGAGAUCCAGAUCAAAAGUUGUAUGUCACAUUUAUAACCAAUACUAGCGAUAUAAUAGACGGUGAAAGAUUUUACGGUCUUACUAUUGUCGAAUACCCUGGUCGGAUAAUUAAAACUGAUCUAGAAUUGAAAUAUAUUGGUCAACAUUAUUAUGUUCUGAGUUCUUUUGAAUGGAAUCCAACGUCAAAAAUAGAUUUUUCAUUUUUACUUGAAAAUGAUUUGCUUUCAAAAGGUAACGGAUAUAUAGGAUGUAAAUUGUUAACGCCUUUUGAUAACUGGACGAGAACUAUGUAUGAACAAAGAAUCAUUAUUGGUCCCCAAAAUUUGCACACUAACGGUAGUGCGGUGUGGCAAGGGACACAGUACUUAAAUUUUGAUGUUCAAUCAGGUUAUUAUACUUUAGAAGAUGAUUUUGGUUUUUCAUUUAAUACGGCUGUAAAAAGUUCUUUAAAAGAUUUGAAUGCCAUUCGUGUUUACAUCAACCAUAAUUAUGGAACAAACAGCUUCAAUACGAGUAUCUCAUUGCAGAUUAAUCCAAAAUACGUAAUAUCAUUAUCUAUAAUGGGUAAAAUUAAUACUACGAAAACCGAAACUAUUUACAGUGGAUAUAUAAGUACCUUAACGCCUUUUUUUUACUAUAAAAUGUUCAAUUUUGAAACUCAAGUUGGUUUUCAAGAAAAAAAACUCAAAGGUAUCAUGAGAUUACAAAUAGACGAGAGUAACUUUACAGCCGAGUUUCAUGGUGUAUAUAAGCCUCUAGACAACAGUAAAAUAUUACUUAGACUAAUCACACCUUAUGAAAAUUAUAAAGUUUUAUAUGGAAAAUUUGGUUAUAAAUCAAGAGAUAAACAUUUGUUUUUUAACAUUUAUGGAGAAAAAUUGAAGUUAGGAGGUGAAUUGUUAUACAAUUAUAAAAACUUAUCAUACUAUAAUAUAAAAUUGCAAAUAAACACUCCCGUCGAUCCCCUAAAGCAAUUAUUGAUUACCGGAAAACUCAAUAGUGAAUUUGUGGAUUAUCGAGUUGGAUGGAAUCAUUUCUUGCUAGGAUUUACUGGUGUAUCACAUUACGAAAGUUGGUCAGAUUUAGAAUAUGGAUUGAAAAUCUUCACUCCUCUAGAAAAUUUCAACUAUAGCAGCGCCACAGUAAAAGUUUACAUAAUUGAUGACAUUGAUUGCAAAAUUAUGGCGGUUUUACCGGAUUAUUCCAAGAUUGGAAUGAAACUUCUUUAUGAAACUAUACCAAAACAAGAUGAAAUAAAUGAGUACUACUACGACGAAGACGAAGAAAUGCCAAUUGUUUUAUACAAAGCACUGUUAGAAAUUGAUACAGCGUAUUACCCGUCUGUAAUGGCUCAUUGUAAAGUGUCACAAUACGAUAUCAAGUAUACAACACAAGUAGGCUUGUCAGCAAUUAUUAUCAACGUGUCACUGACUGAUGAACUUUACUUGAAAAAUUUCAUGGAUGUUAAAAAUGAACUCUACAUAAAUACAUCAUAUGAACGAUUUUCAAACGUAUUUUCUGAAUUUUCUAUAUUUGCUGAAAAUGAAAAUCACAUAGCAUCUAAUUCUAUAGUCUCAAUAGUCAAUUUCAAUAAAAUUUUGAAGACAACUUUAGAAGUGGAUUUUUUCAUGACGUCUUUGUCCGAUCCUGAUACGGAAGUUUCAGAUGAUCCAGAUGCACCGAGUAACUUACCUUCUGGUACAUAUAUGACUCAAAUUUAUUUGACUUCUCCAUUCAAAUUAUUAGAGUUUUGUAACUCUACCAUAAUUGUUAAAAUAUUAAAACAGUUUUACGAAACUAAUAUAACAGUGAAAACCAACUAUACCAAUUUGCACUUAAUAGGAAAUAUGGAGGUUUAUGAAGGAUAUUUUGAUACUGAAUUAGACGUGGAUAUUACUUCCAAGCUCUUUGAUCUUCCAGUAUUCCGAGUGCGCGUCAAAAAAGACUACACUGAAAUCGAAAAAAAAGUUGAAUUUUUGAUAAGUAGACCAAAUAGUUUUUACAUAAACGAAAUUGUAUUUGACAUCAAAAGUUCAUGGCACAUAGAUGGUUACAACUUCAUAAAAUUAAACGGUGAAAUCACUACACCCUUUGCUGUACUUAGUCAUGUCCAAGGAAAUCUACAAUACUUCCAUCAAGUUAACUCGAAAACUUACUUUUUGGAAUCAUAUUUAAACUAUUCUAGAAAAGCUGAAAUGAAAGCAAGAGCUCAGCUUAAAGAAGAUUCUGUUACACUUAAUCUUGAAUCGUCUCUUGAAGGUCUUAAAAACGUACAUUUUUUGGGUGUAUUGAUCAAUAAAAAUGGUCGAAGGUCAAUUGAAGCUAGUAUGUUUGGAGAUCAAACUUAUAGAAUAAGUGGUUGGGCGUCCGCCAAUCAUUCGUGUCCAUUAGCUCUUGAGGCUCACUUAACCAAAGAAGAAAAGGCCGUUGGUAGUAUAUUAAUGGAAGUUCAGCAAAAUUCUGAUGGUUAUAAAAUUCUAGCAAUGUUGCAAUCGAUAAAGAAGAUAAUUCGCUUUAAUACCCUUAUUGUUUCCACAAAUAAAGGAAAUAUGGCUACUGUAGAGAUAGCAUCGUUACAAGAUACAUCAGAAGCAAUGUUUGUAAAAAGUUCUUUAGUAUUCAAAAGGCCUGGUAUAUACGUUGUCAAUGUUCAAGGUGAAUCCAUAAUAGAUGGUAUAUCAACGUUAUUGUUGGGAGAUGUAAAGCUCUGGUUCAUAGGUGAUAAAGGAGUAAUUAGGAGUUCUAUGAAUUCGAGAUAUUUGCAAGGACACUUUAACAUCGACUGGGUGCUAUCUCUACCUCAUCAAAUUUGGGGGAUUGUUGAUGUUGAGUAUACUUUAAACAGAAUGUCAUUCCAAAAACUAUUCACACAAAUGUAUUUUGUUGCACCUGAAAAUAGUAUAAGUCAAUUGACUUUUGGAGCUCGUGUUGUAGCUAACAACAAAUGGACAUUUCAAACUAAUUCAACAGCCAUGAUACCAUCAUUACGAAACAUAUCAUUUGCAACUAAUUUAAUAUUACCACAAAAUGUUACAAAUAAGUAUUCAAUUGUCGGGAAUUUAAGGCUAGAAAACCAAUUUGAAUACAUUUCUCAUCUCUUUCAUUACCGAGCUCCAGAUGUGAACUAUGAGUUUGCUACUUUCAGUGAGAUUCACUGGGACGAAAAAAUUAACGGAUUAAUGUCUUGGGCUUAUAGAACUGAAAAUCGAGUAUUUUUAAUCGAUACUUUUAAUGGUGUCACUAAAGACAAGUUUUAUGACGUAGAGAACGUAUUCGACGCUAGCUUCCUAAAUCAUAAACAUGUUUCCAAAUUAGUUUAUCAAAAACCAAGUAAACAGCAUAAAAUAAAGUUAAAUAUAUUUUAUCCACCCCAACAUAAAAUUACAUUUGCUGAAAUGGACUUCGAAUCGUUUGACAAUUUCACUUCUUUUAUAAAUACUACUACACCAUUCAACACCAUACCUUUCUUCGCCUUACGAAUCAUAACUGAAACCCUUUCGUUAAAGUAUCACCGUCAUAUUGGAGUAUUUUGGCCGGAAAAUAGCGCCCAAUUAAACGUUACCAAUGUAAAAACUCAAAAAACCAAAAGUACUUUAAACGACGGUGAAAUAUCCUUAGAGUUCCCUUUCGAAAAGAAGUAUCACUUAGGUCGCUUUGAUUUCAAAUACGAAGAUAUAGUAAAGGAGAUCAUAGGCGAUUCAAAGAUAACAUACGACAACAAAACAAUAAUUCAAGGAAAUUUUACAAGGAAGUUUACAAAUCAUAGCGAUGGUUUUGUAGAUGAUUUGAUUGACUUGACAGUUCAAAGUAAAUUUAUUCCAUUGGGUAUGAAGUACUUACAUAGAACAAAUAACGGAAGUCGUUUAGUCGUACCAGAACGGCCACAUAUAGAUUUUAAAAGAUUAGAAGUGUUUAAACUUUAUAAGACAGCCGAAUUCAACUUGACGGGAGAAAUGAUUCAAAACAAAUACGAAAUCGUGAGGGAUACAACAGUGAAAGUCAUAAAUUUCAACAGAAGCGUUGUUAUAAAAUCACAUUAUGACGAUGAAACUGAUGAUUCAUACACAAGGAACGUCAUGGUAGUCCUGAAUCCACAAGCAUGGAUGAAUUCUGCUCUUAAAGUAUCAUAUCAUAAUUCUACUCCUGACGAUUAUGGAAAACUUAUUGACAUUAAUAUCGCUUAUCCUAGAAGAAAUUUUUCAGUUAUCAGUGAUGUAGCAACAGACUCUAAAUAUUUUAUGUCACAUAUGACUUUUAUUCAGCACAAACCGUAUCCUGACGACAAUUACGUGUUUGGUUACCGUUUCGAUUGGCGAAAACUUGAAUCUAAAGUUAACAGACAUCGCGUAGGCAUGCUUAUCUAUCAUCCUUCAUUUUAUAAAAAUGUUACAAUACGAGGAAAUUAUUCACGUGGUAAUUCAAUACUGUUAGAUUUAAAUGCAGAUUAUGACUAUGCUCGAGAUCCAAACAGAAAGUUUACUAUUAGUUGUUUAGUUGAAAAUAACUCCCAAAAAUCUAAACGCAAUUACUUCUACUCACUCAAAGGCAGACAUUUAAUUACUGGAUUUAAAUUGGAUGCAUCUGGUACUUUUAAAUCUCAAGAAUAUUUCCAUUUCUUCCAUAACAACAUCACAUACAAACGAUCUUAUUUACCGGAUCAAUAUUGGGACGGCAAGGGUCAACUAGAUUUUAUUAACAAAACCAUCAGUAUUGAAAAAUAUUCGUUCCGUGACGUGACUGUUUUACACGGCAACUACAACAACUACGAGGGUACCCAUAACAUUGAUAUUUUGUUACACAAAGGAAAUGAUGAUACCGCAGUUGGGAAAUUUUAUAUAAAUAUACCCCAUAAGGAUACAGGCCUUGCUGUAAAUUUUACUCCAGAUGCUUCCCAUCAGUUACACAUGUCCGGAAAUGUAUUAGAAAGUAAAAACGCACAAUUUAAUAUUUGGAGGACUAAGUAUGGUCUUAUUAUACCAGACUUACAGUUUUCUUUAGGACUAAAUCACUCAAGACUUCUAUCCUCAGCACUUACAUGGAGAAUAGAUCUAAAAGACAGCAUAGUUAGUACUUUACGUACGUCAGUGAACCAAACAUGGACUUACAUCCAAGACACUACCGAGUUUUGGACUCAGUACUUCAAGUCUCAAACAAUAGAAACUGUUAGUGGUAUUUGGACAGACACAAAACCAGAGAUACAAGAAUUCCUCAAUGAUAUAAGCAAUUACCACGUUUUGGAAGAAGACUGGGCAUACUUCAAAACUGUAUUCAAUAAUUCAUAUAAUGCUAAUGAGCUUUACCUUAAAGAUAUUCAUGGAGUAUAUAUUGCCCUAAUGGAAGAUUCUUCGUUUAUGGACAAAAUGGGUUCAUUACCCCAAGUUGUCAGCGAAAUUUGGACCGCAUUGGGAGAUACUGGAAAAACUAUACGGAAAUCUAUAUUAUGGUUUAUUGAUAAUAUUAAAAUAGCAUAUGAAGAAUUUGGAAGAAUUUUGAAGCGAUUAAUGGAAGGCGAGGCAUUUGUAUAUUUAUCUGAUUUACUAAGCAGUUCUAUGUCAAAAUAUGAUAAACUUAUACGCGAUGUUCACAUAUCAUUUAUACGGUAUGUAGAAAGUAUGUUAGAAGAAUCUUCUAACACUGUGGCAGGGUACUGGAGUAACGUAAUGAAGACAAUUGAACCGACAGUAUUGCAAAUUUUCCAUCACAUCGAAUCUGUGUUUGUUUCAGCUUUUCAAAAAGUAAUCCAGUUUUUGUACGCUAGACAACAAGAGCUGAUGCAAUCACCUUAUUAUGCUCAAACACAAAAUAUGACACAGGACUUGGACAAAUUUUACAAAGACUUAAUGCAAAAUGAUUUUCUUACUAACUUAAAAAAAUAUUCUACUAUGUUAUACAAUCUAUUUAAGGCGAGAUAUUAUCCUCUUAUACCAUUUGCAAAUGAGAUUAAUGCUCUAAGAUUAGAAAUAAUUGACGGUGUUCAGCAAUUACUAAAACUUCCACUUAUAUCAUACGUUAUAGACAAUUUGAAGACUACAUAUAAUCAAGUAAUUUGGUUUUGUGACUACAUCGAUCUUAGUAAAAAAAUUCAAAAAUUUAUUCCUACAUUGAUCAAUCGAGUAUACGACUUGACUUACACUGCAGUCGAAAAUGAAAUGAAAUACCACAAACCAAAAACAAAAUUUAUAUGUGACCCAGGAAAGGGUAUUUUAGAGUUAGAACAAAAAUUACCUUUUUCUUGGCACGCAUUCAACGAAACACCUAAAUAUGAGGAAAUUCCCGAAUACAAAAUAGUGACAAAGAUGCUCAGUAUGUUUGCACCAUCCAACGUAACAUUUUGGUUCCUUUACUAUAAUUUGAUGCCAUUUACAGACUACACAAAUUGGUUUCCUCCAUUCCGAGCUCACGCUAUGAUAGUCGGAUCACAACACUUUAUGACGUUUGAUCAGAGACAUUACGACUUCAAAGGACAUUGUUCGUAUUUGUUAGCCAAUGAUUUUGUAGGACGGGAGUUCUCGUUGGUUCUCAGUUUCAAUGACGAAAUCAAAAGUCAUUACAACAUUUUACUAAUUUUGGGCUCAGAAACUGUUUCUGUAGAUCUUGUGCGAAAGGACGUCAAAGUACUGCCAGACAGCACAAAACAGCUCCCAUUACAACUAAACAACACUGUUAUCUAUUAUGAAAACGAAAUGCUUAUAGUAGAUAACGAAAAAGGUAUAUCGCUUGUAUGCAAUAUGAACUUCCAAUAUUGCACGUUUCAUGUAUCAGGGUGGUAUUAUGGAAAAACGGCUGGUCUUUUAGGUACUCUAGACUACGAACCUAGUGAUGAUAUGCUGACGUCUAGUGGUUACUUGGAAUCCGACUUGUCCAAGUUCACUGAAAGUUGGGCGUUAAAUGAUGAAAGUUGUAGUGCUUACUCAGCUAAUCCCCGAAGACCAAUAGGCAACCCACAAAUUAUAGAACUGUGUGAUAGUUACUUCAAACAUAAAACAUCCCCAAUGUUUACAUGUUUCUCUGUGAUCAACCCAAACCCUUACUAUGAUUUAUGUUUGAAAAACACUAACAGAAAUGAAACGUGUACAUCGGCAACUGCGUACAGUGAAACGUGCUCCAUUGAAAAUUUACCAGUCAGAGUGCCCACAAAUUGCAUUAGAUGUUCUGGCGCCAAUCAUACAGAAAUAACCGAAGGUGAUUUCCUAAAGUUCAACGGUAGCCAUGUACCUUCAUCAGCUGACAUAGUAUUCAUCAUCGAGGCCAAGGAGUGCAACAAAAAUUUCUCUGAAAAACAAAACGUGACUACUCUUUUGACGUUGCUUAUUAAAGAGCUGCACGAUAUCGGAAUCACUAACAACAAAUUUUCAGCUGUUUUCUUCGGAGGCGAUGGUGUUUAUGACAAUCCUCACAGCAUCGUUAUAAAUGGUCAAGUUUUCACAAGUCCUGCUUUGUUUCCCCAAUAUCUUAGCAAUAUUCACUAUGGGAAAGGUAACUCUGAUGUUUUCAACGCCAUCAGAUAUGCCUCGAAAUUGCGUUUCAGACCUGGGCACUCAAUAAUAUUCAUAUUGUUCCCGUGCAGCGAAUGUGACGCUUCCGAUACGAUGUUGGAUUAUACUGUAAUAAGCCAAAUAAUUACCGAAAAAAGUAUCAAGUUGCACGUACUUAUGAACAAGCAAUUUGUUGUGGAAAAAUCUAGAACUGGAAACGCGUUAAUUGGAGUCGAUGCUGAAACUGCCUACACAAGAAACGAUUUUAAAACACUCAAGGGAGAUCUCAGUCUUAGAAAACAAGUAAAACUCACCAAGACCAUGUUAGGAUACUGCACUCCGAUCGUGCUUGAAUCUAACGGUUCAUUGUUCUCAAACUAUAAAAUGGAAACUAAAAAUCCCAAUUCGGGCAAAAAGUUUUUACAAGUAUUUGCUAAGAGAAUAGCUAAGUCAGCUCCGGCGCCCACAUGUCAGACUUGUGAGUGCAACUCAGAUGAUAACGGUAUAAGUUACAUGGACUGCUAUCCUUGUUCGUACCCCACUGCGUCCAACAUCGAAUAUGGAUUUUAUGAUGACAUCACUUCGCCGAAUGUUUUCAAUUACGGGUCUAAUAACGAUUUUUAACUUUAUAAUAAAGUUAACUCUAUAUAUAUAUAUAAUAUAUUUUAAUUGUUAAUUAAUAAUUUAAAUUUUUUAUGUUAAUUUUAUUUGGAU